AAUCACCCCAGACACCCGGUACUGCGCACUUGUACCACGUGCUUGUGAUGAGAUUGGACCACGCUCGUAAGACAUGCAAUCUUGCCACUUCACGGCUGAUAAUUAGCAUCUCCUCACAUCCAGGCUGGCAGCUUUAACUUCACGUUUAUCCCAUCGAACCUAUGCAAGUAAAGGGCCCAGCGCUGUCCCGCAUCCGAGCCCACCAUGUUUUGUACCUUCCAGGGCACCGCUGAGCCGUCUGACUCGGGUACACUUAGAGAAUCAAAGCCCACGCGAGGUCUGCACGCAUGCGGCAACUGUAAACGUCGAAAGAUACGUUGCGAUGGCCGACAGCCUUGUAACCAAUGCGAGUCGAGGGAUUUACAGGCAAGAUGCGUCUACACCCAACAGAUCCAACGUGUUGUGCCUUCAAAAAGAACACUUGAAAGCUUAUCCAAAAGCCUCAAAGAACGCGACGCCAUCUUGAACCGGCUUUUCCCGAAUCACAAUAUUUCAGACUUGGCUUCGUUAUCAGACCAGGAACUUCGUGAAGCCGUGUUACAUAGAGGCUCGACUGAUAAAGUCCUACCAUCUCCCUCUGACAGCACCCCUCAAAGGUCUGUUACUCAGGACUCACAAUGGGACGAAGACCGACGUGAGCGAGACCCGUUGCCUGCUGAGGCUGAUGAUGUCAACGCCUUAUCCCUGCCGUUCGAUCGGCAGGCAUCCUAUCUCGGUAUUUCAUCCAUCAGAGCGGCCCUUGCAGCUAUGCUUCAGGUACGGCCUCAGCUACGUGGCUUGCUAGCCUCUCGCCAGGCAAACAUUAACAACAACAUCACCAAACAUGAUGAGGUUCGGCCUUGUUACCAUGCCUCCCAGCCCUUGUUAGAAUAUCCUCGAAUAAAAUGGAGCAGCAAGGGCCAAGCACUGGUUGAUGCAUACUUCCAGCGCAUCCAUAUAUUCACCCCGAUGCUCGAUGAAACCUCGUUUAGAACAAAUUAUCUCAGUAGUCAACGUCAGGAUUCGCCUUGGCUUUCUCUCCUAAACAUGGUCUUGGCCAUGGGCAGCAUCGUAGCUAGCAAGUCGAGUGAUCGAGAUCACUGCAAGUACUAUACUGAGGCUAUGAGACACCUCGACCUCGGGGCUUUUGGCAGCAGCCGCAUAGAAACAUUACAGGCCCUUGCUCUUGCCGGAGGUUACUAUCUUCACUACAUCAACCGACCCAAUAGAGGCAAUGCUAUUCUUGGUGCGGCCUUUCGGAUGGCGAGUGCACUUGGUUUCCAUCGAGAGCCUUCAGAACAGGACGGAGAGGGCGAUCAACUUGAAGCAGCAGAAGUGAGGCGACGCACUUGGUGGUCUUUGGUCUGUCUGGAUACUUGGACAACAACGACCCUGGGUCGGCCCUCCUUCGGCCGUUUCUCUCCUUCGAUUGAUAUUCAACUCCCUAAACUCGACCUUGACGGAGAAGAAGACUUUGGACAGGAUAUGGGAAUGACGACGCUUGUUGAGAACAUUCGGUUUUGCAGGAUUGCGACUGAGAUACAGGAUAGCCUAGCUGUAACUCCUGUUCUCAACCCUGCAGAUCGCGAUCGUUUUGAUGAGUCAUUGAUCAAUUGGCAUAGCCACCUGCCUUCCAUUCUUUCUAAUAACCAAGACUGCGACGAACCGGUUCAUCUUGCUCGGUGCGUCAUGAGAUGGCGAUACUGGAACUUGCGCAUGCUUCUGUAUCGUCCAGCACUCUUGGACGCUACAACUAACAUUCAAACGAACCAUGAAGUUGACCACGACGCCAUCGAGAAGUGCCAACAGCUUUCAAAGACAACCAUUGAAGAUAUAGCCAAGACGUGGCUGAGUCAUCAGAUGUCAGGGUGGAACGCAGUAUGGUUUCUUUACCAAGCCACCAUGAUACCCCUGCUGAGCAUGCUGUGGCAGCCUCAGAGCGCUGCUGUUGCUGAGUGGCGUGACCAGGUCCAGAUGGCUCUUGGGCUCUUUGAGGAAAUGCAGGAUUGGUCAUUGACCGCACGUUGCAGCAAGGGAGUUGUCAGCCAAAUCUUUGAAACGAGUUGCGACUUGAUGCGCCAAGGAGAGCAGUCUUGCCUUGAAUCAGACAUGAACCACCUUAAGGGCUUAGAUAAAGACUCAUACUUGUGGGCAGAUGGAUUGGAGGUGGAUGAUGUAUUGAAUAUGCUGUGUCAAGAUUGGUCAUGGGAUGCCAAUUGUACCUGGACUGAAGAUGAAUUUGUUGAUGUAUGAUAUUAAUAGUCACCAGCAUAAAUAUAAGCAAGCCGUUAUUAAUUA